CACAGCGGCAUCGUUAUUUUGCAGGACGCCAGCACCUCGCGCGGCGCAGUAACGCCAGCCAAACUCUCGCGCCACACUCGCGCUUGUAUAUAUACUCGGGUUCCCGAGCCAUUUGCUCAGCGCGCCCGUUCCCUCGGAGCAACAGCGACGUUGCAUUACCUUCGGCGCAGCGCUUGCUCGCCGCGCUACCGCACCGCGCCACCCAGUUAAGCCGCGCGCGACACCGCCGCGCCGUUUCCAGACGCCAGAGCGCUAAACGCGUCAAUUAACCACCAUGGCCGCGAUGCUCGGCAGCGACCUCAAGUCGAGGAUGGCCCGCGAGGUCCGCCAGCUCGCCCAGACCCCGCCGGAAGGCGUCAAAUACGUCGAGACCGACGCCGACGCCUUAACCGAGGUCCACGCGGAUCUCACGGGCCCCGAGGGCACGCCGUAUUCCGGGGCCGUCUUCAGGCUCAAGCUCGUGAUCGGCAGCGAGUUCCCCUCGGCACCGCCGCGAGGAUUCUUCCUGACGAAAAUCUUCCACCCGAACGUGGCGACGAACGGUGAUAUUUGUGUGAACACGCUUAAAAGAGAUUGGAAGCCCGAGACGACGCUGUCUCACAUCCUACAGGUCAUCCGGUGUCUGUUGAUCGUGCCCUUCCCGGAGUCGUCAUUGAACGACGAGGCGGGCAAGCUCUUCAUGACGAGCUAUGAGCAGUACGCGCAGCGCGCGCGGCUGAUGACUGAUUUACAUGCCCCUAAAGUACAACCGCCGGCGCGCGCCGCGACGCCGACCGCAUUGGGAGACAACAACGGCGAGAGCCAACCGGGCCCCGACGCCGCGGCUUUGGAGAAGCAGAAGCUCGAGGUGCUGAGGGCCAAGGCGAAGGCGAAGAAGAAGAAGGGCCUCAAGCGCCUCUGAGCUUGCCCCCCUCUUUUUUGAGGUGCCGCGGCAAAAAGUACUACGACUUAAGAACUAUGUAUCU